GGGGGCAGGAGAAAAAAGCUUUUCCAAAAAAGUAUUGGCUGUCUUGAGGAAUGCGGUCCCCCCCUUGGGAAAGUACAUAUCUGGGAGCAGCAGGCGACUCCGCGCUCGCACUCCCGCUCCUCCGCCCGAUCGCGCGCUCGCCCCGCCGCUCCUGCCGCAGCCCCAGGGCCCCUCGCAGCCGCCACCAUGGACGCCAUCAAGAAGAAGAUGCAGAUGCUGAAGCUCGACAAGGAGAACGCCUUGGAUCGAGCUGAGCAGGCGGAGGCCGACAAGAAGGCGGCGGAAGACAGGAGCAAGCAGCUGGAAGAUGAGCUGGUGUCACUGCAAAAGAAACUCAAGGGCACCGAAGAUGAACUGGACAAAUACUCUGAGGCUCUCAAAGAUGCCCAGGAGAAGCUGGAGCUGGCAGAAAAAAAGGCCACCGACGCUGAAGCCGAUGUAGCUUCUCUGAACAGACGCAUCCAGCUCGUUGAGGAAGAGUUGGAUCGUGCCCAGGAGCGUCUGGCAACAGCUUUGCAGAAGCUGGAGGAAGCUGAGAAGGCAGCAGAUGAGAGUGAGAGAGGCAUGAAAGUCAUUGAGAGUCGAGCCCAAAAGGAUGAAGAAAAAAUGGAAAUUCAGGAGAUCCAACUGAAAGAGGCCAAGCACAUUGCUGAAGAUGCCGACCGCAAAUAUGAAGAGGUGGCCCGUAAGCUGGUCAUCAUUGAGAGUGACCUGGAACGUGCAGAGGAGCGGGCUGAGCUCUCAGAAGGCCAAGUCCGACAGCUGGAAGAACAAUUAAGAAUAAUGGAUCAGACCUUGAAAGCAUUAAUGGCUGCAGAGGAUAAGUACUCGCAGAAGGAAGACAAAUAUGAGGAAGAGAUCAAGGUCCUUUCCGACAAGCUGAAGGAGGCUGAGACUCGGGCUGAGUUUGCGGAGAGGUCAGUAACUAAAUUGGAGAAAAGCAUUGAUGACUUAGAAGACGAGCUGUAUGCUCAGAAACUGAAGUACAAAGCCAUCAGCGAGGAGCUGGACCACGCUCUCAACGAUAUGACUUCCAUGUAAACGUGCAUCCACUCUGCCUGCUUACACCCUGCCCUCAUGCUAAUGUAAUAAACUCACCACCAUCCCUUCCUUGCUCCCUGAUCUCCAUCUUUGCACUCUUGUGUUCACCCUUUUUGUCAUAACCUAGAAUAGUUAUUGUUUUUUCACUUUCUACUAAUAUAAAGGCCAACUAGAUUAAGUGUCUAUACAAACCGUUUUCUUUUCAGAAUCCUUUUAUUUUGUAAGUGCUAAACUGAGCAGUGAACUAGAAUGAGUGACCUUGAGCACUAUCCUUUUGGGAAAUUAAGCUAAACUCAAGUAAAACUAGACGGCCAUGCCAUUUGUUGUACAGGAACGUCUCAAGAAAUAUCAAAAAUUUGUUUCCUGAGAUUCAACUAAGUACAACAAAAUCAUUUUCAUAAAAUAAAUAUAAAUUGAAGGAACCCUUAAAGUGUCAGGUUAUUGAGAAUCUGAGGAUAAGGAAAUUGGCAUGAUCCCAUACAGCCCUAACAGUGGUACUAUAAAAGAUCAUCUCUUUUACUUUUAAGAAUUCUAGAGUAGGCCAGGCACAGUGGCUCACGCCUGUCAUCCCAGCACUUUGGGAGGCCGAGGCGGGCAAAUCACGAGGUCAGGAAACUGAGACCAUCCUGACUAACACGGUGAAACCCCGUCUCUACUAAAAAUACAAAAAAAAUUAGCCCGGUGUGGUGGCAACACCUGUAGUCCCAGCUACUCAGGAUGCUGAGGCAGGAGAAUGGUGGGAUCCCUGGAGGCGGAGCUUGCAGUGAGCUGAGAUCAUGCCACUGCACUCCAGCCUGGGGGACAGAGCGAGACUUCGUCUCAAAAAAAAAAAGAAAAAGAAUUCUAGAGUAAAAAGAACCCUCUGCUGAGUAACCAAGCCUUUAAUUUUCUGUUUUCAUAAAAAGAAUUAAAAUACCCACGAUAAAUACUUACCACAACCUGUGUCAAAGAAAUGGGAAAUUCAACACAGAUUGUAUAAUGUGAGCCUGGGAGUUAAUGGCCCAGAUUUUACUGUUAGGCAGUAAGAGUUGGAGUAGGUAGUCUUGUUAUCAUGAGAAGAACCUUCAACAGAUACAACUAAUUUACGUAUUACUAACCAAACUUCAAUAUUAAACUUUUCCUACUACUUUAAAUUCUAACCUGGAAUGUUUCAGGGUUCUUCAUUCUAAUAUCACCCUAAAUUCCCUGAAGCUGGAAAUGUCAUUUUCCAAGCCCACCUGUCAUUCAUUUACCCAUGCAGGAAAAAUGAUAACUUGAAGAGUAUGGCAUGUGCCUGUGGCCUUAGACGUUAUAGAAUCCCCACACUCAACAAAAAAGCCCCUAGAGACAUGACUGUUGCCAUGGAAACCAGAGAGCAGUCUAUCUUCUCAUCCCUCAUUUGUAAAUGAGGGGGAGGAGCAGAUCAUCUGUCUCUAAGGUCUUUUCCAGUACUAAAAUGUGGUGAUCCUUUGGGAAAAACUUUUUGCAUCAAGUAUGAUUAAAUAUUCUGAAAGA